AAUUGGUUAACUAGUAGCAGUCUUAAUUAAAAAUCGAAGGAAUUGAUUGGAAACAUGAUAGUAAAGCUACUUGUACUGUGCCUGGUGGGUCUGGCCUACGCUAGGCCACAAUGGGACUGCCCAUAUGGCAGCCAGAACCUAUUGGCUCACGAAAGCAGCUGCAACAAGUUUUACAUAUGUACUGGUGGGAGAAAGAUUGAAGCCCAGUGCCCUAUCAACACUCACUUCUCCGUCGAAAUUCAGGCAUGUACUGAGGCGGUGUUGGCUGAAUGUGAACUUGAAUCAAUAAACACACCAGACGUCUUCCCAAACGGAUGUCCUAGAGAUUAUAGAAUAGAGAAGCUGUUCGCUCACCCACGAUGUGAUAAAUUCUACCAAUGCGUGCAUGGAGAUUACCAGGAAAUGCCAUGUGCACCCGGCACGGAGUUCAGCUACAGAUUGCAGAAAUGCACAUGGCCCCACGACGCUGACUGUGCUGGUGGAGAUAAUGGUGAUGACAAUGGUGAUGGUGACGACGGAGAUGUAGACGGUGGAGACGGUGGAGACGGCGGUGAUGGAGGCAACGGUGGAGACGGUGGAGAUGGAGGCAACGGUGGAGAUGGUGGCAACGGUGGAGACGGUGGUGAUGGAGGCAACGGUGGAGACGGUGGAGAUGGAGGCAACGGUGGAGACGGUGGUGAUGGAGGCAACGGUGGAGACGGUGGUGAUGGAGGCAACGGUGGAGAUGGUGGCAACGGUGGAGACGGUGGUGAUGGAGGCAACGGUGGAGACGGUGGAGAUGGAGGCAACGGUGGAGACGGUGGUGAUGGAGGCAACGGUGGAGAUGGAGGCAACGGUGGAGACGGUGGUGAUGGAGGCAACGGUGGAGACGGUGGAGAUGGAGGCAACGGUGGAGACGGCGGUGAUGGAGGCAACGGUGGAGACGGUGGAGAUGGAGGCAACGGUGGAGACGGUGGUGAUGGAGGCAACGGUGGAGAUGGAGGCAACGGUGGAGACGGUGGUGAUGGAGGCAACGGUGGAGACGGCGGUGAUGGAGGCAACGGUGGAGACGGUGGAGAUGGAGGCAACGGUGGAGACGGUGGAGACGGAGGCAACGGUGGAGACGGUGGUGAUGGAGGCAACGGUGGAGAUGGAGGAGACGGUGGUGAUGGAGGCAACGGUGGAGAUGGAGGAAACGGUGGUGGAGAUGGUGGAAAUGGUGGAGACGGUGGUGACGGAGGAAACGGUGGUGGAGAUAGUGGAGACGGUGGUGAUGGAGGCAACGGCGGAGAUGGAGGAAAUGGUGGAGACGGUGGAGAUGGAGGCAACGGUGGAGACGGCGGUGACGGAGGAAAUGGUGGAGACGGUGGUGAUGGAGGCAACGGUGGAGAUGGAGGAGACGGUGGUGAUGGAGGCAACGGUGGAGAUGGAGGAAACGGUGGUGGAGAUGGUGGAAAUGGUGGAGACGGUGGUGACGGAGGAAACGGUGGUGGAGAUAGUGGAGACGGUGGUGAUGGAGGCAACGGCGGAGAUGGAGGAAAUGGUGGAGACGGUGGUGACGGAGGCAACGGUGGAGAUGGAGGAAACGGUGGUGGAGAUGGUGGAAAUGGUGGAGACGGUGGAGACGGAGGCAACGGUGGAGACGGCGGUGACGGAGGAAAUGGUGGUGAUGGAGGAAACGGUGGUGGAGAUGGUGGAGACGGUGGUGAUGGAGGCAACGGCGGAGAUGGAGGAAAUGGUGGAGACGGUGGUGACGGAGGAAAUGGUGGUGAUGGAGGAAACGGUGGUGGAGAUGGUGGUGAUGGAGGCAACGGUGGAGAUGGAGGAGACGGUGGUGAUGGAGGCAACGGUGGAGAUGGAGGAAACGGUGGUGGAGAUGGUGGAAAUGGUGGAGACGGUGGUGACGGAGGAAACGGUGGUGGAGAUAGUGGAGACGGUGGUGAUGGAGGCAACGGCGGAGAUGGAGGAAAUGGUGGAGACGGUGGAGAUGGAGGCAACGGUGGAGACGGCGGUGACGGAGGAAAUGGUGGAGACGGUGGUGAUGGAGGCAACGGUGGAGAUGGAGGAGACGGUGGUGAUGGAGGCAACGGUGGAGAUGGAGGAAACGGUGGUGGAGAUGGUGGAAAUGGUGGAGACGGUGGUGACGGAGGAAACGGUGGUGGAGAUAGUGGAGACGGUGGUGAUGGAGGCAACGGCGGAGAUGGAGGAAAUGGUGGAGACGGUGGUGACGGAGGCAACGGUGGAGAUGGAGGAAACGGUGGUGGAGAUGGUGGAAAUGGUGGAGACGGUGGAGACGGAGGCAACGGUGGAGACGGCGGUGACGGAGGAAAUGGUGGAGACGGUGGUGACGGAGGAAAUGGUGGUGAUGGAGGAAACGGUGGUGGAGAUGGUGGAGACGGUGGUGAUGGAGGCAACGGCGGAGAUGGAGGAAAUGGUGGAGACGGUGGUGACGGAGGAAAUGGUGGUGAUGGAGGAAACGGUGGUGGAGAUGGUGGAGACGGUGGUGAUGGAGGCAACGGCGGAGAUGGAGGAAAUGGUGGAGACGGUGGUGACGGAGGAAAUGGUGGAGAUGGAGGAAACGGUGGUGGAGAUGGUGGAAAUGGUGGAGACGGUGGUGAUGGAGGCAACGGCGGAGAUGGAGGAAAUGGUGGAGACGGCGGUGACGGAGGAAAUGGUGGUGAUGGAGGAAACGGCGGUGGAGAUGGUGGAAACGGAGGAAAUGGUGGUGAUGGAGGAAACGGCGGUGGAGAUGGUGGAAACGGCGGAGAUGGUGGUAAUGGAGGAAACGGCGGUGGAGAUGGUGGAAACGGUGGAAAUGGUGGUAAUGGAGGUAACGGUGGCGGUAAUGGUGGUAAUGGCGGCAACGGAGGUAACGGUGGAAACGGAGGUGGUAAUGGUGGUGGCAAUGGCGGAAAUGGAGGAAAUGGAGGAAAUGGCGGUAACCUUUAAAAGCAAUAGACUUAUUGAAAUAAAAUAAGUAUUAAAAU